AUGAAUUUAAAAUGUUUCAGGGAAGACAUUGUAACUGCUAUUAGUAAUCCUUCUAUUGGCAAAUUAGAAGAGUACGAAGGCCUUGUACCCAACUUGGUUAAUACCCAUAAAGAAGUAGCCAGCCGAGUUACGGAUGCCAAUGAUCGAAUCGUACGAUUGCAGCAGAGACAAGACAUCAGACUCGAAAAUAUCGAAAGUUCUUUUAAUAACUACGUUGGCCAAAACAAUCAGCAAAAUCAGCUUCUGAUGAGCUCAACCCAACAGUUAUCGAAUGAUAUAAAAAUUAUUAUGCUGCAGCAACAGUGUCUUCAUGCUCAAAUGCAAUUGUUCAUGGCUACUAACAAUGCUUCCCAGAAUGCUAACAGUAAUACCAAUCUGACCUUUCCAACCUUACCUUCUGCUUUUCCAAUGCAAGCUACUUCUUUUCCUUCGUCCGCUCCCUCCAACUCCGGAGCUAUCUAA